AUGUCAAGAGGACCCCCGGACUAUUCCCACAUGCUGCACAAGACUCAAAAACGGAUGGUGGCUACUCCCGUCCUCUCAAAGCUCGCCCGCCAUUCCUUGACCUCCUUCACCUCCACCUCAACUCAUACGAGAAGACUGACCAAGAAAUCAUGCAUCUCUCUCCUCCAACGCUGCAGCUCCAUGAAACAGCUGAAACAAGUUCACUGCCAAAUGCUGGCCACAUCCCUCCACCGAAGCGGAGACGUCGUGGAAGACCUUCUCGUCUUUUGCACCCACCCCGAUUCCGGCGACCUCAGCUACGCCGCGACGGUCUUCGAAACCCUCGAGGGCGAUCCGUCUCUUUUCCUAUACAACCUGAUGAUCAAAGCAUUUACCAAGAAGAAUCGUUUCGAUUAUGCCCUAAUGUUGUUCUACAGAAUGCGGAACCAAGACGUCUCCCCGGACAACUUCACCUACCCGCUCGUUCUCAAGUCCAUGGCUGGCCUGAGCAUGGCCUCUGAUGUGCAAAAGACUCACGUGCUCAUCGUCAAAUCCGGAUUCGAGUUUGAUCGCUUCACGAGAAUUUCCCUCGUGGACGUGUACUCCGAGAUGGGCCACGUCGAGAUGUCACGGACUUUGUUCGACGAAACGCCAGAGAUGGGCGUGAUUUCUUGGAAUGUUAUGAUCGGUGCGUAUGUCAAGUGCCGCAAGUUUGAAGAUGCCAUUUCCGUUUACCAGAAAAUGGUGCGGGAGGGCGUCAAGCCCGACGAAGCUACCCUUGUAAUCACUGUUUCUGCUUGCAGCGCAUUGGGGAAUUUGGAGUUGGGGACAAAACUUCACGUUCGCAUGCACAAGGAACUUUGGUUCAGCGUCACUCUUGGGAAUGCUUUGUUGGACAUGUACACCAAAUGUGGACCUGUAGACGUGGCUCGGAGGUUCUUUGACAGCAUGCCCACUAAGAAUGUGGUUUCUUGGACUAGCAUGGUCUCAGGCUAUGUGAAAUGUGGUGAAUUGGAUAAAGCUAGGCAGCUGUUUGAUCGAAGCCCUGGGAGGGAUGUGGUUCUCUGGACUGCUUUGAUUAAUGGAUAUGUGCAGUGUAAUCGUUUCGAUGAAGCUCUGGCUACGUUCAGAGAGAUGCAAUCGAAAGGAAUCAAGCCUGAUAAGUUCAUGGUUGUGUCUCUUCUGACUGCCUGUGCUAGAUUGGGAGCAUUAGAGCAAGGGAGAUUGAUCCAUGGAUAUAUUCAAGAUAACAGGAUACAACUGGAUGCAGUGGUUGGCACAGCACUGAUAGACAUGUAUGCGAAAUGUGGAUGCAUAGAUAAGUCCUUGGAAGUAUUUAGCAUUGUGGAGAGACGAGACACAACGAUAUGGACUUCGAUCAUCUAUGGUUUAGCGACGAAUGGUGAAAGUGGCAAAGCACUUGAGUUAUUCUCGGAGAUGAGGAGAGCUGGAGCAAAACCAGAUGACAUCACAUUCAUCAGUGUUCUGAGCGCUUGCAGUCAUGGAGGAUUGGUGAACGAGGGUCGUCGAUUCUUCCAUGCCAUGAAAGAGAUGUAUCGAAUGGAACCUAAAUUGGAACAUUAUGGUUGUUUUAUUGACCUUCUUGGUCGAGCUGGUUUGUUGGAUGAAGCAGAGGGGUUAAUACGAAAUAUACCUAAAGGCAUUGUUAAAGAUGUCCUACCCUUGUGGGGUUCUUUGCUAGGGGCUUGUAGAAUCCAUGGCAAUGUUGAGAUGGGAGAUCGGCUAGCCAAACAGAUGCUUGAACUGGAAUCUGGCAACUCUGGUGCACAUGCAUUAAUUGCGAAUAUAUAUGCGGCUGCAGAAAGGUGGGAGGAUGUGAAAAAGAUACGAAGGAAGAUGAAGGAUUGGGGCAUCAAGAAGACACCAGGGUGCAGCUCAGUUGAGGUGAAUGGUGCUAGACAUGAGUUUCUUGUUGGUGAUUCUUCGUUCCCUGAAACUGGGGAGAUUUAGUUGGCAUUGCACAGUAUAAGCAGAUUGAUGGAUCUGGAAAAAAAAAAGGUUGAGAUAGAUAAUUUGAUCCCAUAUGCUGAUUGUCCUAGGUAACUCAUGAUUUACUAUUUGAUGGAUACAUUUCAUAGGAACGAUGAGAAGGUUAGUGGACUCCUGAUCGAAUAUUCCUAUGGAAAGGCAUCUAUGGUAUUUCUUGCUCAGGAGCCUGUCAGAGAACUAAGUCCCUGACAACCAAGUAAUCAUGGAAGCAAACUUUGGCCUUGUCAUUUUUGAAGAUAAUAUUAUCAGUCUAGUUUGGUGGCGGAUGAGAUCAGAUCUGAUGUGGUGUAGGCAAGUUAGUAAGACCAUGUCGGUUCCAUCUGUACCUGUUGAACUAUUAAAUGGAGUACAAGCCACAGCGACUUGUUCAGUUGUUCUACAUAAUAAUCUUCCUGCAAGUGGAUUAUGCAGCUGGGUGUUGGAUGCUGGCCAACAUUGAAAACUUUAUUGGAUGCCUUAUCUGCGCCAUGAUAAACUAGGUAAAUAUAGAGGAUGCGCAGUUGGAAAUUAUCUACGUCGGGCAUGCGGCGAAUAGAAGAGUUUGACAAGAUACACAAAAAUUCAGUAGAUUUCUCUGGAGGCGGUGCGUUUCUGUAUCAAAUUACUCCGGCUGCACUGUGAGCUGAUACAUUGAGUCCGCAUCGAAGCCAAGACAUGGGCAUUUCAUGAUGCAUGAUGAGGUGAACAACUUCCAAAAUUUCAGUCGCUAUUUGGCCUUCUCUAUCUAAUUAUGAAGGGAAUCAGCUAACAUGCCUUCUGUAGCUUCUGCACAUCUGUACUUGGAAGUCCAGCUCAGGUAUCGGAAUGUUGAUCCGCUCCACUUGGUUGGUUUGAGCUGAAGGAACAUUCAAGUCCCAAGUUGCGUAAAACAGGGCGGAGGGAAGGGGAGAAGCCCAGUGACCGUGUGAGUGUUGGAGACGUAGCAUUGCCGCACGUUCGGGACACCGGGUUAACCCAGAGAAACAACAACGAUCCGGCCAACAUAUCCUUAGCCUGUUGUCAUCGUUAGCCUUUCUUUUAGCCGAGGAGGAGAGUGGUCAUUGUUAACCUUGUAAAUGUGUUUUCGUACAAAGGUAAUACUGCAUAAAUUGGUCCUCAUUUGUCGUCUUCUAUCAUCUGUCCCACCUGCAAACAAACCUUUUCGGUCC